CCACUCUACACACAACACAACACGUCAAAACCCAACCCACCCACACGAACAAACAAAAAAAACCAUGACCAACAAUCCCCACGACCACCCGGACCCCGACCCCGACCCCAACCUCGAAACAGACAUCGACCCCGCCCUCGCCGCCGCAAUGGGCUUCUCCGCAUUCGGCUCCCAGCGCGCGCCCAAACGCAUGCGCUUCUCCGUCGACGACGGCCCGGGCGCAGACAGGCAUGAGAAUAGGCACAGGCAUAGGCAUAAGCAGACCACCAAGACGGGUGCGAAUGCUGUUGCUGUGGGUGUGCGGAGGGGUGGUGGUGGUGGUGGUGGUGAUGCUACUGCGUCUGCGACUGCGACUGCGACUACGACUGCGACUGCAGGCGGAGGGAACGGGGAUGGGGAUGGGGAUGGGAAGGGGAUAAGGAUUGGAGGUGUUGUCAGCGGUGGUGCUGGGCGGUGCAAUCAGGAUGAGAUUGAUCUGGAUCUUGACCUGGAUGUGGAUGCGCUUGAGGACGCGCCUGAAGAUGGUGCUGAGCGAGAGCGAGGCGAGGACACGCUUCUUCCGCUGCAGGGCACGACGACGAGCACCACCACAACAUCAGCGUCGACGCCAACGACUACGACAACCACAGCUGGUACAGCAGCAGCAGCAGCAGCAACAACAGCAGCAGCAACAUCAACAGAAACAGCAACAACAGCACACCCCCCCAAACCCCCACCCCCCAAGAAACGCACCGCAGCACCCGCAUCCAGCCUCGCCGCCUUUCUCGCCAGGGCACACGCGAGCAAACCCCGUGGUCGGGAACCUACCGCCACCAGCACCACACAAGCCCCAGUUCCAGACGCAGAAUCAACAUCACAAACACAACCAAACCUCCCCCAACGCCCACCACCACACCUCUCCCAUCCUACACAACUCACGCAACCACUCACGCAACCACACAACCCCACCCCCACCCCAACCCACAGAGAGCACAACAACAACAACAACAACAACACAUCAAUACCACCAACCCACCGCCUCUCAGACCUAACCAGCAACCAGCUCGCCGCGCUACGCAAAGGGGUACGCAACGAGCACGGCGAUGUAGAGUAUUUCUUGCCUGGGUUUAUUGGGGAUCCGUGGGGGUGAUUAGCUUUGUGGGUUUAGGGAUUUAGGGCUUUGUGGGAUUGUGGGAUUAUAACAGAUUAUGGAUGAUGGAUGGUGGAUGAUGGAUGAUGGAUGGUGGAUGAUGGAUGAUGGAUGGUGGAUGAUGGAUGGUGGAUGGUGGAUGACGGGGUCGAGGAGAGGGAGAGAGGGACUGGGGACU